UACUGAUGAGAAGUAGCCCUGCCAUGCUGCGGUUGUUUGUUUUCAACAUUGUGCACGAAAACUGCUGCAAGAUCUCCAAUGCCCUUAACUUCCAUACCUACAGCUACGCAUUUCAAGUAUAGCCCUACGUAUGUUAACAUAAAUAGUAGAAUAUAUUCGAGCGGUUGUUCGGUCAAAUUGUGUAUAUGCCAUUGCAAAAGCCAUGCUGAUGCCUUUUUUUUUUUAGCUCUUCCCUUCUAAAGUGGGAGGAUCUUUGUGCGUUCGAGUCACGCAGCUGUCAAAGAUAGCUGUCACCCAGUUUCAUGAUCAAACACACAUUGAAUGAGAAAGGCUUCGCUAAGUCGAGCAGCGGACUUCAGGUAGCCUACCCCUGGCAUAAGUAGCCCAUUGCGCCUCAAACAAUUGAAGAAGCCGAGGAACGGUUCUAUGACUUGAUUUAUUUUCAAUGAACAAAGCCGUUUAACCAUUUGGAGUAUAGGUGUGGAAUAUCCCGAGAAAAAGGAUCUGCCAAUUAAACGAAUACAAUUCGAGAAGAAGAAGGAAAAAAAAUUACUGCGCUCCUCUCGUGACCAACGUGAAAAGGGGAUUUCUAACGGAUAUGAAGACAAAAAAGGGCAUGAUGACGUUGUCGGCCAGUGAGACGGACGAGGAGGACAGCAUGGACGCCCCCCUGGACCUGUCAUCCAGUACGGGAGGGAGCAGUGGGAAAAGGAAGCGGCGCGGGAACCUACCCAAGGAGUCAGUGCAGAUCCUCAGGGACUGGCUAUAUGAGCAUCGCUACAAUGCCUACCCCUCUGAACAGGAGAAAUCCCUGCUCUCCAAGCAGACGCAGCUCUCCACACUACAGGUUUGCAACUGGUUCAUCAACGCACGUCGGCGGCUCCUCCCGGAGAUGCUGCGUAAAGACGGUAAAGACCCUAACCGGUUCACCUUCUCCCGGAAAGGCAGCAAGGGAGGCGACGGGGGCUUCUCUGAUUCCAGCUCUCAGUCACCAAAGCACGCCACGGGCCCCGAGGACAGCUACGACCAGCGGGCGCUGCACCCCUCCAGCUUCGAGGCAGGUCUCCCCAGCCCCGGCAUCCUACUGAAGGCCGUAUCGUCCCCUAAGAUGUCCCCCUCCUCCUCCCUGGGGCCCGACACCACCGUGGCUCCCCGGCCCUCUGUCAUCUGUCACACCACUGUUACCACCAUGGCCAUGCAGAAACAGGGCUCGAGCCCCCCCUCCUACCUCUCAUGCUUCCUCUCCAGCAUUAACACAGAUGGCAGUAGGGCCGCAGAGCUGCUGCAUUCCACCACAGAGGCUCUGGGGCUCUUCAGAUGCCGAGAGGAAGGGUUGGGCCUGGGUGCCCCACCAGUGACCACCACCCACACUACCAUGGAGUGUAACCUAAGCCCCCAGAGUGGGCUCUUCAACACCCCUCCCCCCACCCCCCCAGACAUCACACAGGACUUCAGUGGCUUCCAGCUCCUAGUGGAUGUGGCCCUCAAGCGGGCGGCAGAGAUGGAGCUGCAGGCUAAACAACUGGUGUCUUAAAGGGGAGGGAAAGAGAGAUGACAACCCAGUUGUUGUUGUUGUCUCUAAAUGAACUCCUCACAUGAGUUCAGUGACUGUGCAACAAAGAACAAACACAACUCAACAAGCCUGAUAACUUAUAUUUUUGGUAUACAUUGGUGUACAAAACUAUAUCAAGGUGCCUUGGCUGUUAGUUCUUUUUUUAUUUUGUCAUAUGCGUGUAUGUAUGUAUCUAUGUGCAUCUUUUUUGCACACAGGACCAAAAAGAUUUACGGACAAAAAAAGCGCUGCCUGUCUUAAAACAUUUCCUAUGUAUUUUACUAGAGCAAGGCAUGAGGGCAUACAAGUGUUCUGCAGGUGAGGGAGGGUGGUUCUCCUCUCCUCCAUUAUGGGGUAUGUAGUUUCACAAACCUAUCCCCCAUGGGAUAUGUAGUUUCCAGAUGUGUUUCACGUUUUACAUUUCAGAGAUCAGUUUGCGACGGUUUCCACUCGGCCUUUCGCACAAUAGGGCCGAGUUAGGGUCCCCAUCUCUCAUCUCAGUGUCUUAAAACGUACUUUGCUCUUGGGAUCUAUGAUGAACUUUAUCACUACUGUAGAAAGGGUUCUGUGUUUUUUUUUCUUCAUAAGAGUAUAGUUUUUGUUUUCUUUUGCCUUUUGUUUUUAUACCUUUUUGAUAUUUUAUAAGAAAGUAAACCUCUCGUCUUUGUUUUGAUUAAGCGUUUUCCUACACGAAGGGAUCAUUCAGAUGAACAAUGUAGCAAGUUCCUAGUCUGAGCCUUCCUCCCCUCCUCACAUAGUGUCUGCUGCCAAAUUGGCACCCUAUUCCCUAUAUAGUGCUCAAAAGUAGUGUACUGUAUAGGGAAUAGGGUGCCAAUUUGGGACACAAACCUGUGUAGCGAUGGCCAGUUAACUGGAAGAACAACACUAAAUAAGAUGUUUUUCAUUUGUGAAGUCACCAGCAUCGGAAAAAAAUAUAGCAUUUUCUAAAUCACCAAAAAGCAUUUUUAUGUACAAAAAAAGGACCAUGUUUGUGUACAGCGAUUGUGACAUGACGCCCAAUGAUGUGAUUUCCUUUCAUACUGUGCAAUGUUUGUGACAAAUAAGGGGUCACACAUGGGAUUUAAAUAAAUAGUUGUUUUCUA